GGGAAGCAACAGGCUUCUUCAUGUUGGCUCAACAGAUCUAUAAUUAUUUCUCUGCAUCAACUCAGCAUUGGCAAAUACUAACUAGCCAUGUACCUACCAUUACUGUUAAGCCUUUGAGUCAAACAAGAUGGGAGAGUCGGAUUGAUGCUUUGAAACCACUGAGAUAUCAUCUUGGUAGUAUAUAUGAUGCUUUAAUGGAGAUCUAUAAUGAACCACACCCACAUAAAAGAACAAGUGAAUCUCUUGUUGUAGCUAAGGGUCUUGCUGAAGGCAUUAGUAAGUUCAAGUUUGUGGUAUCCCUUGUUGUAUGGUACAACAUGCUUUUUGAAAUAAAUCUGACAAGCAAACUACUACAAAAUAAGGAAACUGAUUUAAGUUCAGCUACAAGUCAAUUACAAGUAACCAAGAAUUAUCUUGUGGGCUGUAGGUGUGAUGAUGGUUUUGAACAAGUUUUGAUAGAUGCUAGUGUGAUUGCAAAGGAGUUAGAAAUAUUACCAAACUUUGAGACAGAACAAUUUAGACAAAGGAGAAAGAAAAAACAGUUUGGGUAUGAGGCCCCAGAUGAGGCUCCACAAGAUCCAAAGCAAAAAUUCAAAGUGGAUUUCUAUUAUGCUAUUUUAGAUAUGGCCAUUCAAUCUGUUGAAGAGAGAUUCCAACAACUACAACACUAUAAUUCCGUAUUUGGCUUCCUGUAUGAUAUAUACAGCAUCAACAAAAAAUGUACUGAAGAUGUACGAAAGGCCUGCAAGACUUUGGAGCAGUCAUUGACACACAAUGAAAACAAAGAUAUUGAUGCUGAAGAUCUGUGCUGUGAACUUCAAGCAGUUGCUCGAAGGCUUCCAGAGUCUAUGCCACCACAAAAAGUACUUCUCUUCAUACUACAACACAAAAUCCAGAAUAGUGUGCCUAAUGUUUUUGUUUCUCUUAGGAUCCUUCUCACACUUCCAGUGUCAGUGGCAAGUGGUGAACGCAGUUUUUCAAAACUCAAACUUAUAAAAACACACAUACGCUCAACUAUGCUCCAAAAGAGACUAGUUGGUUUGGCAACUAUAUCAAUCGAACAUGCUGAAGCAUCAGCACUUGACCUGAAGGAACUGUUAACAAAAUUUGCAAAGGAAAAGGCACGUAAAAUAAGAUUUUGAUUUGCUUGAAAUUGAAACAUUAAAGAGACUUAAAUUUCAGCAUCACAUUUAACAUUUUUC